CCCAGGCGAGCCACACUCAUGCUGCAGCCUUGAGCCCUCCCUCCUCCUCCUCUCAGGCUCCCUCUUGUCCCCAGCGGGUGCCGAGCUGCUGAGGCCAUGUCACUGAAGCAUUAUCUCCUUUUGCUGGUGGGCUGCCAUGCCUGGGGUAUAGGGCUGGCCUACUAUGGCUGCCCUAGUGAGUGUACCUGCUCCAGAGCCUCCCAGGUGGAGUGCACUGGGGCACGCAUUGUAGCUGUGCCCACCCCUCUGCCCUGGAAUGCCAUGAGCCUGCAGAUUCUCAAUACGCACAUCACCGAACUCAAUGAGUCCCCGUUCCUCAACAUCUCAGCCCUCAUUGCUCUGAGGAUUGAGAAGAAUGAGCUGUCACGCAUCAUGCCCAGUGCCUUCCGAAACCUGGGCUCCCUGCGCUAUCUCAGCCUCGCCAACAACAAGCUUAGGGUUCUGCCCAUCGGUCUCUUCCAGGGCCUGGACAGCCUUGAGUCACUGCUUCUGUCCAGUAACCAGCUGGUGCAGAUCCAGCCGGCACAUUUCUCCCAGUGCAGCAACCUCAAGGAGCUGCAGCUGCAUGGCAACCACCUGGAAUACAUCCCCGACGGAGUCUUCGACCCACUGGUGGGACUCACGAAGCUCAAUCUGGGCAAGAAUAGCCUCACCCACAUCUCACCCCGGGUCUUCCAGCACCUGGGCAACCUGGAGGUCCUCCGGCUCUAUGAGAACAGGCUCACGGAUAUCCCCAUGGGCACUUUCGACGGGCUUGUCAACCUCCAGGAGCUGGCUCUGCAGCAGAACCAGAUUGGGCUGCUCUCUCCUGGUCUCUUCCACAACAACCACAACCUCCAGAGGCUCUAUCUGUCCAACAACCACAUCUCCCAGCUGCCGCCGAGCAUCUUCAUGCAGCUGCCCCAGCUCAACCGCCUUACUCUCUUUGGCAAUUCCCUGAAGGAGCUCUCUCCGGGGAUCUUCGGGCCCAUGCCCAACCUGCGGGAGCUUUGGCUCUAUGAUAACCACAUCACUUCUCUACCUGACAAUGUCUUCAGCAACCUCCACCAGUUGCAGGUCCUGAUCCUUAGCCGCAACCAGAUCAGUUUCAUCUCCCCGGGUGCCUUCAAUGGGCUCACGGAGCUUCGAGAGCUGUCCCUCCACACCAACGCGCUGCAGGACCUGGACGGGAAUGUCUUCCGCAUGUUGGCCAACCUGCAGAACAUCUCCCUGCAGAACAACCGCCUGAGACAGCUCCCAGGGAAUAUCUUCGCCAACGUCAAUGGCCUCAUGACCAUCCAGCUGCAGAACAACGAGCUGGAGAACUUGCCCCUCGGCAUCUUCGAUCACUUGGGGAAACUGUGUGAGCUGCGGCUGUACGACAAUCCCUGGAGGUGUGACUCAGACAUCCUUCCACUCCGCAACUGGCUCCUGCUCAACCAGCCUAGGUUAGGGACGGACACUCUACCUGUGUGUUUCAGUCCAGCCAAUGUCCGAGGCCAAUCCCUCAUUAUCAUCAAUGUCAAUGUUGCUAUUCCCAGUGUCCAUGUCCCCGAGGUGCCUAGUUACCCAGAAACGCCAUGGUACCCAGACACAUCCAGUUACCCUGACACCACAUCCAUCUCUUCUGCCACUGAGUUAACCAGCUCUGUAGAAGACUACACUGAUCUGACUACCAUUCAGGCCACUGAUGACCGCAGCGUUUGGGGCAUGACCCAGGCCCAGAGCGGGCUGGCCAUUGCCGCUAUUGUCAUUGGCAUUGUCGCCCUGGCCUGCUCCCUGGCUGCCUGCAUCGGCUGCUGCUGCUGCAAGAAGAGAAGCCAAGCGGUCCUGAUGCAGAUGAAGGCACCCAAUGAGUGUUAAAGAGGCAGGCUGGAGCAGGGCUGGGAAUGAUGGAACUGGAGGACCUGGGAAUUUCAUCUUUCUGCCUCCGCUGCUGGGUCUAUGGAGCUUUCCCGUGAUUACUCUUUCUGACCCUAGAGAAAGGUGUGCCUACCUCUUCCUGAUUCUCCCGUAGAGAAUCAUGUCGUGCCGGACCCUCCUACAAUCAGGAAUAUCCAACGGGCCAUGGCCAAAGCCCUGGGGAUUUCUGAUUCACACCCCUUGGCUUCCUUCAAGAGGACUCCUCCUCCAAAUCCUCCCCACCUGUCCUCCAAGAACCACCUUCCCUGUGCCCAGGCCCCUUCCUGGCUUCUGUAGACUCAGUCCACAGCCUGCUCACUUCGUGGGAAUAGUUCUCCGCCAAAAUAGCCCCUCUCCUCUAAGUAUUAUGUGAGUUGAUUUCCCUUCUUUUCUUCCUCUUGUUUGUGCUAUGGCUUGACCCAGCACGCCCCUCAAAUAAAAUUUAUCCGCUUGAUUUUCUGCUCCUGAAGGCAGGGUGAGUUCUCUCCUCAAAGAAGACUCCAAACCACUUAACUGGUUUCUUAAGAGCCGCCAAGCAGCCUGGCUUUGAGGACGCUCUGGAAGAGAGGAGAGUCAUGCCACUCAGUUCCUGGAGACAGGGCUGUCAUCAGCAUCUCUCCUGUGAUUUUUAUGUGGAAAAGGAGGAAAGACCCCAGCACAGCAACUUCAGUCUUUUAGAGAAGGAUCUUUCCGAACUACAAACUUUGCUUUGAAAAGUUUAGCCCUUUAAGGAAUAAAAUCAUGUUGGAUUUCGGACUUCUAAAAACAUUAAAAUCAGCUUAUUGGUACUGAUUAGAGAAAGAAAUCUGGUGCCUGGGGGUUCUGGUGUUCACCCCUGGAGUUUUCUUUUUUACAUUUGUAAUUGAAGUAUAUGUACAGAAAAGUGGGAACAUGAUCGUGUGCGGCUUGGUGAACUGUCACAAACUGAACACACCUGUGUAAUCAGCAUCCAGACCAAGACACAGAGCACCACAAAUAUCCCCCAUCCCGGGCUUUUCCCAGAGGAGAUGGGGGCUUCUGGAGAUGGACUAACCUAGGACCUGCUUCCCAUGAGCCAGGAUGCCCCCUCCUACAGCCAGCCUGCAUAAAAGCCCAGUGCCCAGGGGUGGAAGGGAAUAUGUGGGUGUGGACAGGAUGAGAGACUCGGGCCUGAAUCUGAGAUUUUAUUAAAUCUGGAGAUCCUGAGACCGCAGCACCCUGGCUGGCCAGGUCAAAAGCAUCCUGACAGCAGAGUCCUGUGCAGCCACGCCCCCUUCUCUGCCAGCAAGCUGUCUGCAUGCAGCUCAUUGGAGGCCCCUCCGCCUGGAGCCUUUUAUGGGCAUGUUAUGCCUGUAUCUGUUUUUAAUUUUCAUUCUUCACUUAGGGGAAGUGAAAUAGCUCAGAGAUGAGAUCCUUUAAUUGAAAACCAAGUGUAAUGGAACCCAGCAUCUUUCUAAUGUGGUAAAAUAAUUCAUCAACAUCACAGUCAGCUAGCAGCUAAACUUCAGAAUCUCACAGCAGGCAACACCGGGGUACACCAACAGGUCACACUGGGUCUCAGGGCUCCCUGGAGCUCCUCCUGCAUGUGAUCUGUUAGGAGCUGAGUUGUUUGCUCCAGGGUUAUUCUCAUCGAGUCACAGCCACACGAAUGCCUGCCUUCUCCCAUCUUCCCGCUACACACAUAUUCACGUGCCACUCAAGAAGUUGUGCUCACAUCAACGUGUGUCUUUCUCUGGACAGCUGACCCACCAGUUUAGAAGUAAAAAUGGUGAAAUGGAGACUUUAGGGUCUCCAGGUCUGCCCAGGAAAGAACUUCCGCUGACUCUGCCGGGAUUUGGAAAUCCACCACCAAUCCUGAUCGGUUCUUAUUAGUUCCCCUGCUCCACAAGACACCUGUGACAUCCCCCAGGGUCACAGCAGCACAGUGCUGUCCAGGUUUCCCUUCCAGUUCCUGCACAGAAAGUGUCCACAGGGACGUUUGCAAACACUAGUGCACUCUGUACCUUUCACUCCCUGCCCCAGGGAAUCUAGGAGAGAUCAGCCUGUUAGAGUCAAGAGAUAUCAUCUCCCCAAGGCAAAUCUGGGUCUCCAAGGCAUUUCCCAACUAUGGGUAGCACCUGGAGGACCUGCACCAAGGGUUGCCAGGGCCAACAGGAAGUGAGUCCAGGGCCUGGCGCGUGAGCAUCACUUGCUGAUGGUGGCCUACGUGGGCCUGGGGCUAACAGGGGCAGCUUGGCCUGUUCCCCUCGACAGGAAGCAUGGGUUUUCCCAUGUUCCUUGUCUCCAGACCUGCUGGGUGCUCCUGUGAAUGGGCUCCAGCUGCCUUUGUGCAUAGGCACAAGUGGGCCAGGGCUGGAGAGAGUUGGGGAGGCUCCUUACCUGUGGGCCCUGCCAAUCUUAGCCCAGAACCCCUGGGUAUUCCUGUCAGUAGCCAUGACAUUGGAGUAUCUUCCUCUCCAGCCCAGAGGCUGACCUGAGGGCUGCUGACCUCAGAUGACGCCACCCAGGAGCACCCUAGGUGAGGGCUGGGGGCCCCUUUAUUGUGAACCUCUUGCCUCUUCCUUUCUCCCAUUAGGGUGGCUGGAUAGAGCCAUCGGGCCUCCUUUUCCUCUGCGGGCCCUUCAACCUCUCCGCACCAUGUUGUCUGCCUGGGGAGCUCCUAGAAAAGCUGGGUGGAGUCUCUUUUCCAACAGGAUGAUGCAUUUGCUCAAUUCUCAGCUGAUCCCCCAAAAAGCUGGAGUAGGGAACAGAGUGCACUCUUCCCCUCCUUGACAGUCUCACGCCCAUCUGGAGUGGGAGCCAUGAGUCAGUGUGGGAAAAAAGCCAGUUAGAACCACUAUUUUUAAAAAGCGCUCACUGUGCGCAGAUACUCCUCAAAGCACUGGAUGUGGAUUCUCCUCUGACCCUCACGGCACCCCUGUGCCGUGGCAUGAGUGCCAGCUCUACCCGCGGGUGGUGGGGUACAGAGCCACUCGUUCUUCUGCAUGGUAUUCCAUAUGCUGGGAGUUUUAUUUAUCUCUUCAAACUUUGUAUAAGAACUCAUGGCUUGUCUUGAGCUUUCACCAUUAAACCAAAGCAAAUGGAAGCCACUCCCCUGUUGGUCUCCUUCGUCUUGGUCAUUGGAAUCUCACUUGGUACCAUUUCGAUCAAAAGCUUUGUAUCUGCAGGAAAAGAUUACACUCAUCCAUCCCUUAAAGAAUAGAAUAGCUGGUCCCUCUCAUGGGAAUUAGGCUGUAUGUAUAUUGUUCUUCCUCCUUAGAAUGUAGAGAUCCAAGAGUUCUUAGAACUUUUCAUCGACACCCUUUCCACAACCUUUCGGAUGCUGAUGUAGCACUGUUGGGAAGGAACUUCCAUACUCAGGAAGCUUACAGAGAGCAGGUAGCUAGAGAUAAUUCGGGAACCAGAGUUAGUUGACAGAUGUUAGAUGUAUCCUAGCCUUUAGCUAUAAAGCACUCAAAGAUUCAGCCCCCAGAUGCUACAGUCAGAGCUGAAUCUGGAUUGCUGGGGAGGGAGUGGUGGCCUUGGGAAGGAAGCCAUUGCUGUGGUUCAGAGAGGGUAGGCUGGCAAGCCACUUCCAGGUAAAACUUCUUCCGCCUGAGGUUUCUUCUAAGGAGAGAUCGUUCUCACCAACUCACUGCCUUCACGCUGCCUUCAAAAGCAGAUUGUGUCUGCCUUGCUUAGAGAAUUAUGCAAAUCAUCCCCAGUGCUUGGCAAUGCAUUUAGAGAUGUCUAGAGCCUCAGGGUUUUGUAGAUUGUGAGCCCUGGUGGGCAGGGUUAGGGGUCUGUCUUCUGCUGGAUGCUGCUUUUCAUAAUUUGGUGUACAGAAUCAACAAUAAAUGGUAUAC